AUGGCGAGCACGGUAAACACUUUGUCUUUGGAAGCCGCCAAACGCCGGUUUUCCGAGUUGACCGAAGGAAUGGAGCAGCUCCGUUCACUUUUCGGUACGGCACCGCUCACAUCGCCGGGCACAUUGUCCGUUCCCGGAAAACAACAGCCUAGUGCACGGCCUGCGCCGACAGCUGCCGCGACAACCGAGCAGCCGACUAGUCCAAAGAGAGUCCGGCUUUCCACAGCCUGUAUUCGCAAGAAAUGGAAGCAGAACUCUCCGGUGGCCUCGGCGGCUCUGGAUGCGCAACCGAGCACAGCAUCACCUGAGCCGGAUGCCGCCCUGUUCGCUGCAGCGCCGGACAUAUCCCCCACAGAUCUGGAAGACCCGGUCGCCUCUCGGCUUCAACUGAGCCUGCCAAUGGAAAGCGCUGCGCAGAGCCCCGAGCCCGAUGACCAUUACCUACGGGAUGGGCCUCAUCCACUCGGAUUGCUCAGUGAUUUAGGCUCCCGUUUGCGUGACAAGGAGUGGAAUGAGGACGACGCCGACCUGAAUAGCGAUGACUGGCCCCAGACAGGUCACGACAGGUCCAACAACGCCACGUCUCCUGCCGUUAUCAUCGCGCCGGGUUGGACCCGUUCUCAGUUGCAACAGGCGGCGCUGCAGAAGCGCCAAUACUUUCGUUAUGGAUCGAUGGCUAUCAAACGUGACGUCGCUCCAAAUCUUGACCCCAUCACCAUUGGACUGGUCAAUGAAACCACUGCCGAGAAGCUGAUUCAAGGCUUCUUUCAACGUUUGCAGCCUCAAGUGGGAUUCAUGGACCCGAAGAUCCACACCAUCGCGUAUCUGCGGAGCCACUCGGCGCUUCUCCUCACAGGCAUUCUGGCAGCAUCGGCGCACACAGUGCAGAUGACGGACAACGAAAAGGUCUCCGCUGCGUUAUACCUCCAUGCCGAGCGUCUGUUCCACAUUGCUUUCUCCUCCACCGCCCAAAGUCCCGAACUGGUGGUUGCCCUAAUGAUAUUGUACCUGUGGCCGCACUUCCCGAAGCGGAACAUCGAUGACCGAUCACGAACAUUCUUGACCAUGGCCGUGAACAUGGCGACCGAACUUGGGUUCCCGCGUCUCCCACUGGAAAUCCCCGGCGAUGAGAUGCAGAAGAGGCGACAUCGCGAUCUCAUUCGCACCUGGGCCUUACUCUAUGUCCAUGAUCGCAGCCUUGCCGCCUUCUCAGGGAGACCUCCUCUUAUCCCAAACCAUUCUGGUGCCGAUGAGAUGCGCAGCUGGUUGCUGGACACGGCGCUUUGUACGCCCGGCGACCGUAUGAUUGUCGCUUUCCUCGAGCUGAGGGCCAUUGAGAACAUCACCAGGACUAGGCUCGGCGAAAUUGACCAACCCUACUUGGCGGAUGCGGUGAAAGACAGUGCUUCAGCGCAGAUCGAAGCUUGGCGUGCAGAAUGGUGCACGGACACUGGUGAGAGCGAUAAACAAACACGGCUAACGACAGAAUCACCUUUCCACAACAACAUGCAGACCGUUGCCUCCCAUCUCGCGCUCUUGAUCCUCAGCAAAGGUCCAGCGAGCCACCCACCACAAAAGAACCAGGAGAAGAUGGAGAGGUUGGCUCGACGGUCACUGGAGUUCCUGCUUGACCAUGUGCAUGCCGACGCCAGGUAUAUCGUCCGUACGUUGGCGGGAGAAGCUGCUCGGGAAACGAUACGCCACGUCGGCCUCGCCAUGGCGCCAUUUGGUGACGGCCGAAUGGGUGGCAGCGCGGCUCAUUUCUAUGGAUCACUGCUCUUGGAGCUUUCGUUUGACGAAAGCCUCCCAGCAGCCGACGACCAGCUACAAGCUGGUCUCAUCCCGAGCCCUACCAUCCUGUGGCAUCUCCGUCAGCCCAACUCGUCCGGUGGCUGCCGGAGCACCGCUCCAAUACGGACAUAUUCACCCCAGGCCUCGCGGCAACCCGACCGGCAACUCCUUUCUCAACAGCCCGUCCUUGAAGCCGACUCCCUAUCGUCCACUGAGAUUCUACCCGGACAGAACUGCGAAGCAACGGAACCGCCUGUUUUGGACUUCAACAUGCCCAUUUGGGACAUCUUCGACGGGCCGAUGAAUGAUAUCCAGGGCGGGAUGUCCACCUUCGAUCAUAUCUUUGGCAACUCGAUUCAGUAUCCUGACGAAAACCAGGACCAAGCGUUGCAUGGUGAGGCAGACCCAGUUCGUGGAGAGAGGCCGGCGCGCACUAUCGAACCUGCCAUGGUCCCAAGUGGUAGCUGCCACAGGCUGCCGGAUGGCAUGGUCGAGUUCACUCGGUUCUUCAUGGCGCUCAUCCUCAAUGUCGAUGCUGAGGCCGAGCUGUAG